CCGUGAUUUUAAUUCAUGGCUCAUCAUUCAAAAACACCUGCAUGUUCUCCAAAACAAUCCAAGAAGUCCACAUUAAAUGCCCUUCCUUCUUACAUUCAGUACAUAUACACAGCUGGGCUACAAGCAAAAUCAAACUCAUACAGAAAGCUUGCAGUUCUUCACAAACCUCAACCUGCAGAAGAUCUUUCGCAAUCAUCAUUCAGCAUGCACUCUUAUGUUGUUUAUGUCAUCCUAUUUCUUUCUCUGGAUGCAUGUAAUGGCCGCAUUCUUGGCCUAUAUACUGACAAAGGUGACUUUUUUGGCACGGAUGUACAUAACUCAAACCUUCACAGUACCUUGGCUACUUCCAAGCUUCAGCAUUUUGGAACUGAGGAACUCCAAUCACUAGAAAAUCAUAAUGCGGAAACUGGCCAAUCAAAAAUCUCACAGUCUCCCCCUUGUGCAGUUUCUGUUAAGGGAAUUCCCUCUGAGGAAACCCUAAACCAAAAAAUAACAAAGGAAUGGAGGAGGCAAGCAUUGUCGACAUCAGGAUCUGUGGCGCAAGAUGUUGAGGAACCAGCAGACUCCAACUCAAAAGAUAUCAUAGAAGAUGUCGUGGUUAUGGAUUAUGCACAGCCACAUCGCAAGCCUCCUAUUCACAACACAAAAGACUAGAUAUCUCAUGAUCACAAGUACCACUAUUAAAUUUUGUGAAGCAUAACAUAUAGGACUUCCCAUACACACCGCGACAACCCCAGCUGUUUGAUGCCGUUUCACAUAUGAUACUCCUAUAUAAUAAAUGAGAUGUAAAGUUCAAUUAAGAUUCCAAUUCAACUUUACAACACUGCUAUGGAUUACAAUAUUUCCUAAUGUUCCGGAGUUGAAAAGUUAUAUUGCAGCGAGACUGCUUCUUCCUGUAACAAUUUGUAGCAUUUGGCAUAAUACAUGGUUCCAUCUUUUAUUUGUUUUUUCUGUAAUAAUUGUGCCUGAUUCAAAAAAAUG